ACUCUGUUCUCAUUUUCAUUCCGCCACCCGAGAUCGUGUGUCCGUCCAAACGACGUGUCCAACCUCAGCCUCGCCAAUGUGUUGCUCUCAGUCUGAGCCAUGCCCUCAGAGAGCACAAAACCAACUCCGAGUGAAUUUUCGGAGUAUGUAGUGAAUCCAGUUUGGUGUAUAUUCGCCUUCGUAUGCGUCUUUCUGCGUUUGCGUCGCUUGAGGAAGAUGAUGGUAGGAGAUAAAAAGACGGAAGAUGGGGCAAAAGAUGAGAUGGAAGGAAGACGAAAAUCAGACGGUGGGAUACGUCAGAUAUAUACGAAGGAGGGUGAGCAAUGACUGGUUGUCGUCGAUCGAAGUUUUCGAGAAGUUGUAAUGCU